AUGGCUCCUAAAGAUGACAAGCUCCACAUCGUGCAACGUUCAUUUGGUCAUUCCGAAGACGACGACGACGCUUUCUCCCUUUUCCAUCUCGAUUUGGGCUGCCCUAGAAUAAAUCUGAAAUUUCCUUACUCGCAAGGUGAGUAUCUAGAUCCGCCUGAAUACUCUGAACUUAUUGGUUCUGAUUGUGGUAUUGUUUGUGUCCGGUUUAUCGUCUUCGAAUCGAAUGCUUAUAGAACGGAUAUAUAUCUUUGGAAUCCUGCUACUAGACACUCCAAAAGGCUUCCCCUGCCUAAUAUGAUCAAUGAUGAUUAUACUAAAACGGUCUCUUUAGGCUUUGGUUUCGAUCACAUUGAUUUGGAUUUUAAAGUGGUUAGAGUCGUAUCUGGCUCUCGCUCUCGCUCUGUCGAGGUCUAUUCUUCAAGCAAGAAUAAUUGGCGAGAGAUUCACCUCAAGUCUACUUAUGUUCCCCCGAGGAUCAGUUCCGAAUUUUGCUUUAAGGGAUUUUUGAUUGCCUUAAAAGAUAGAAGUAGUAUGUUGACCUUUGAUUUAAAUAAGGAGGUGUUUCAUUGUGGGAUUGACCUCCCUGUCGUAUCAAAACCCGUUGUUUCUUUUGCUAAUAGGAGUAGUUUGUUUGGUACUCAAACUUGUGUUACUGAAUUUAAGGAUACUAUUGCCUAUAUCAUCUCCAUUAAUGAUGGUAAGAUUGACAUGUGGACAUUAGACGAUAAGGAUUGUCUUGGUGGUCGUGGGGUUAAAGCAUCGUGGAGUAAAGUGCAUGUUAUUGAUCUAGGUGCGCCACUAAACCUUGUUCAGUUCAUUUUCAGCAGUGCUCAGUUUUUAGUAAUUGAGAAAGACGGUAGACGGAUUUUGUAUGAUCUUGAUGAGAUAGUAAUCACAGAAUUCUCUAUAUAUCCUUAUUUGAAAUCCCAUCGAUUUUUCAAGUAUGGAAAGAGCCUGUUUCACUUGAAGGAUUUAAACGAAUAA